UGUCUGUGAUAUUAUUUUUGUUAAAUUUUGUUUUAAGAACAGAUAUUUUAAAUUUAAGUUUCAUGUUUUCAUUUUGUGCAUUUAUUCUAGCAGAGUAAAUUUUUUGUGAGAGUUAAUUGUUCAAUUUAGUUUUUUGUGUAAUAUUAUGUUUUAAGUUUUACUCCAGGUGCCUGUCGCACUUGAGCAGUGCGCAUAUUUCUUUUAAUGUUCUAUCAAUUUGUUUAUUUGAAUUGUGUUAUUGUUGAGUAAUUAUUGAAAUAUUUUUUAGACUGCCAUUAGAUUAAUUUUUUUUAAUGAGUCGAAAACUAAGCAGAAAAAUGUCAAAGUAUGAAUCGAUACUUAAAGUAGAAAUGAACAUUGGGUCAAGCCAUGAACCAACUAAGAAUAUAAUGAUAUGUAACCGUGGCUUAGUUGAUGGACUUGGUAGAAGUCAAUUAGUGAAAUUAUUUUCACAGUUUGGAACAUUAGAAAAUGUUGUUAUGUUGCCUUUCAAAUCUUAUUGCUUUGUUAGUUAUUUUAAUGUUGAUGAUGCAAAAAAAGCAUUAAAUAAUAUUAAUGGUAAAAAAAAUGCAUUAUUUGAUCAUCAACUUGUGUAUUUAAUUUACACAGAAUCAGUGCCAAAAAAUGUAGAAAUUAUUUAUGAUUUACCACCGGGUUUAGAAAUAAUUGAUAAUUUUAUAACAGAUAAGCAAGAAAUUUUUUUGCUCAAUUUUUUAAAUGAACGAUGGAUAAAUUCAAGUUGUAUGAAAAAUCGACAAGUGAAACAUUAUGGUUAUGAAUUUGAUUAUGAUAACAAUGGUGUUAAACAGAAUAGUUAUUGUGAUCCUAUUCCAAAAGAGUUUGAAUUUGUGUUAAAUAUCAUUACUUUAAAAUUAAAUUGGUAUCCAAAUCAGAUAACAAUUAAUCGUUAUUUACCUGGACAGGGUAUUCCUAGUCAUAUAGAUACUAGAGGAGUAUUUGAUGAUUAUAUUCUUUCUUUAUCAUUGGGUUCUGAUGUGGUAAUGGAGUAUAAAAAUGAUAUGAAACAUUGUAGUAUAUUAUUAAAAUCUAAAUCUUUAUUAAUAAUGUCUGGGGAAUGUAGAAAUUAUUGGACACAUGGUAUAACACCACGUAAAUUUGACAUUAUAAAUACUUCUAAUGGGCCUGAUGUAUUUCAACGUGAAAAUAGAACAUCAAUUACAUUUAGACGUGUUAUUUUAAAUAGGAAUAAUAUAAAGAAUAAACAAAAUUUGUAUCAAAUACUGGAAUGUGAUAAAACAUCAUCUCACGAAACAAUUAAAGAAAAUUAUAGAAGAUUAAUUCUUCAAGUUCAUCCAGAUAAAACUGUAAUACAAUCAUCAAAUACUGAAUGUGCUCAGUUGAAUGUUGCUUGGAAUAUACUAAAAAAUCCAAAACUAAAAAAGGAAUAUGAUGAAGAAAUAGAACAAAAUGAAAUUGAUACACAAGUUACAAUAUUUGAAUCUUUACAAUUACAAGACUUAGAAAAAAAUAUAGAUGAUGGAACACUAUUUUACAGAUGUCGAUGUGGUGGAAUAUACUUUGUGCCGACAUCAGAAAUCAUCAAUAUUUCUUCACCAAAACCUAUACUGUUUCCUUGUGAUGAUUGUUCAUUAUUCAUUGAAUUAAAUUUACCUGAACAUAUUACAUUUUCUUGACAAUAAAUAUUAUUAUUUAUUUUA